GAAUUCUUUACGAACACGCGCACGUUUAUAGUAGUGGACAAAUUUUAUAAUCGUAACAUUUCUGCAGGAUUCAAUAAAGUGUGUUGAUUGUUGAAAUAAAAUGUGGCCAAGAUUCGGUAUCAAAAUUGGCAAUAGCACGUUAUGCAUUGCUCAUGUAAAAAACGACGGUAAGCCAGAAGUUAUCGCGAACAAACAAGGUGACCGAAACUCACAAGCAUGUCUGCUUUGGGGUGGAGACGAGGAAAUUGAGUGUGGAUUAACUGCAAAACAAAAGAUGGCUACACGUCCAAAACAAGCCGUGGCUAACAGUUUUCAACUGCUUAUGCCACAAGAGUUGGAUGAGGAGAGACUAAAAACUGCCAUAAAGGAGCUGCCGUGCGAUUAUGAUGCUCUCAGUCAUACUUUCCAGCUAAAAUGUCAAAUACAAGACGAUAAAAGUGACGAAAUGAAAGAAAACAUUCGUGAAUUGACACCUUUCGAUGUCCAGGUUAAGCUCUUUCGCGCAGAGUUGGAAUUAGCUCGUCAAUAUCAUAUUUCAUCGGAAAAAGAUCCAGUUGUUGUAAUCUCCAUACCGAGUUUCUAUCCAAAGUCUGCUUGGCCUGAAUUGGCUCGUGCCGCAAAAGAAGCAGGGUUUCAUGUUGCUCAGAUUAUUACCGAACCGACGGCAGCAAUACUUGCAUAUGGUAUUGGGGAACAAGAAGUAGCAGAAGGCAGCACCAACAACGAAAGCAAAUACGUCCUUACUAUAAAGUGUGGAGGUUUGAACAGCCAUUUUGCAUUAUACGAAGUUAGAGAUGGACUCUACACACAGUUGGAUGCAUACGGACCAUAUCCAAUUGGUGGUCAACAUUUUACAGACGCCCUAGUUCAAUUCAUAUGCGAGGAGUUCAAAAGAAAAUAUAAAUUAGAUCCGCACGAGAGUCGCCGAUCUUUGUCAAAAAUACGUAAUGCAGCAACCAACUGCAAGCAUAUAUUAACAACACUUCCCUCAACUCAAAUAUAUAUUGACUCACUUAUGGAUGGUGUUGAUUUUAAUGCACAAAUGUCGCGUGCACGAUUUGAAAGCCUUAUUCAACCUGUUAUUAACAAUUUUAUGCAGACAUUAAACGAAUGUGUUGAACGUGCGUCAGUGGAACACCCUGAAGUUAAAGGCGUUAAUUCAAUUGUCUUGCUUGGAGCCACAAUGCGUAUACCAAAACUGCAAUCAGUCAUUGCGGCGCGAUUCCCGGACGCUCUAUUACAUUCAACAAUCUCAGCUGAUGAAGUAGUAGCCAUAGGAUGUGCUCGACAAGCAACAUUCCUUCAUACGCCACUGGAGCAAGACCUGCAGGCUACAGAUGAGCGAAUAUACGUAGAAGAGGAUCUUCUAAUUUGGCACGGCAAUGACGAAACAAACGCGCAAAUACUAAUAGGGAAGGGGACAUCUUUACCACGAAAAGUCCUGCUUGAGCUGAAGCAAACGGAGGGCGCUGAAACUGACAGCGUUAUUCGCGUACGAAGUGGUGAUAAAGUCAAUGAAGUAACUUUGGAAGGUUUGACACCAACAGAUAAUGGCACAUAUCGCAUCGAAGCAGAUAUUGAUUGCAAACAAGUAGGCGCCGAACCUAUUCGUAAACCACAUUUACGAAUACGUGUAGUCUAAACUGUUUGAGAUAAUAUAGAAAUGUCUCAUAUAUAUUUUUGAAUAGUGAAAUAUUUCUAUACCUCUAUCUGGUUAAUGUUAAUAAACUUAUACAUUUUGCAUAAAA